UCCUCCAGCCGGUCCCGUCCCUCAUCCAGGAGGGCCCGCAGUGUGGUUUGGUGGCCCUUUGGAUGGCUGGCGCUCACCUCCACCUGCCUUCUGAGGUUCCCCUGGAGAGAAUUCGGCAGGUGGCUUUGGAGAGAGGCUACACGGCGCAAGGAGAAAUGUUCUCAGCCGCUGACAUGGCCAGGCUGGCGGAAGAAGUCUUCCCCUGUAAAGCAGAGCUGCUCUCUGGUGGCCUGCAAGGAUGGAACCACGACAGAAUUCUUCAGCAUCUUGGUGCUGGUUUCCCUGUGCUGAUACCUUAUGACGAGGAUUACAACCACGAGCCCUGCCUCCGGAAUGGCUACAAGGCUCAUUGGGCUGUUGCCUCAGGAGCGUUGCUUGGUCUGAAGAGUGGCUUCCACCUACCUGCCUGCCAGGAGGACAAGGACAUGCCGGGGCUCUUCCAUGCCAGCCAUGCUACUUCGGCCGUCCCUUUAGAGGCCGUCACUGAGACCUACUUGCUGUCAAAGCACGGCAAGAGUUACCGCUAUCAGCUGUGGAGCUAUGCUCAGAUACAGGAGAGCAACGCCCAGCUGACGGGCUUCAGUCCCAGGCGGGCGGCUGACGGAAAGGUGUACAUUGUGCCCGCAGGGGGGGUACGAGAGGGACUGUGUGGACAAGCGGUGCUGCUGCAGCCAAGGGCCUGAGGGCGCUCUAGUAGCAACAAGCCUGCGCUGGAAGGAGGCUGCCCCCCCCCCCUGUGCCUGCAGAGCUCCAGGACAAGGUUGGGGAGACACGAGCUUAUCCUUGAAGGCCCCUCUUAAAGCCCACUUACACCAACCAACCUGGUAUUAGACCUUUGUGUUUCAGUAGAAGGAAGAAUGGAGGAAAUAAGGCUUUCGGGUAGCUUAAAUUUCCUCUCAGCAGAGUGCUUUUUGCCUUUAGAAAUUAGAACAGCUUACUGUUCUGAUUAUAAACAAGACCAACUUCGAAAUUGUAAGUAGGAGGGAAUAGAAAUGCCCGUGUGAAAGUGAAGCUACCACAUGCCUUUUCACCCUGUGCUGCUGGUGUUAAUAAAGGAGCACAACUCUCCUUGAU